UCUAUUGCCAUUUCUAUUCCCAUACUCCUUCAUCUGCUCUAUCUGCAAAUCUCUUGAGUUUCUGUCUUGUUUUCCAAUUUAAUUAAAUAUGAUUCGCCUUUAAAAGUAGGAACUAUAUAUUAUUUUUAUAUUUAUUUAUAUUCCAGAUUGUAUGUGUAUGUUUUAGAUGCCUUUAUAGAGGAUAUUUUAUUUAUUCAUAUAUAUUUUUUGAGACAGGGUCUUGCUCUGUUGCCCAGAUUGGAGUGUAGUGGUGUGAUCACAGCACAGUGCAGCCUCAAUCUCCCAGACUCAAGUGAUCCUUCUGCCUUUGCCUCCCAAGUAGCUGAGAUGAUAGGCGUGUGCCAUGAAGAUAUAUUUAAAUAGCCGUUUGAGUCAGAUAUUCAUUCCAGCAGUUCUUUGAUGUUACUGAGACAUGAUACAGGCUGAAUGAAAACAUUUUAUGUGAGUGCCAUGUGAUUGGCGUGUCCUGGGAUUACUGAACGUGUUUGAGAGCUCUAGUCUAUAUCAUAUUAUAUUGCUUUAGCAACAGGAAUAAAACACAUUUCAAAGGUCUGUUUAUUAUUUUAGGAUUCAAGGCCAGAGGUGUGAACAAGGUGUCAACUCUGAAGGGCUGAAGGGAAGGUUUUUCUAAGGAUGGACCCACACCAGAAGGUCCCUAGCAUAUAUAAUGGGGAUACUUUACAGACUCCUGAGUAUGAAAAAAUCUCUCAGUAUGAGGACCAGUUAGAAAGGCAUGAGGGUAGGCGCAUGGAAGAAAGACGGUAUAAAUGCAAUGAUUGUGGAAAGAAGUUUGCCCAGAGCUCAGGCCUUGUUCGACAUCAGAGAAUCCACACUGGAGAGAAACCCUAUGAGUGUGAUCACUGUGGAAAAGCCUUUAGCGUGCGCUCAACCCUUACUGUGCAUGAAAGAAUCCACACUGGUGAGAAGCCUUAUACUUGUAAUGAGUGUAAGAAAGCCUUCAGUGUAAGGGCACACCUGAUUAUACAUCAGAGAAUCCACAAUGGAGAGAAACCCUAUGAAUGUAAUGAGUGUGGCAAAGCAUUUAGUGUGAGCUCAGACCUUAUCAAACACCAGAGAAUCCAUACUGGUGAGAAACCUUAUGAGUGUGAUGAGUGUGGAAAAGCUUUCAGUGUGAGCUCAGCCCUCAUCAAGCAUCAGAGAAUCCAUACAGGAGAAAAGCCGUAUGAGUGUAAGGAAUGUGGGAAGGCCUUCUAUGUGAACUCAGCACUUAUUAAUCACCAGAGGAUUCACUCUGGAGAAAAGCCCUAUGAGUGUGGAGAGUGUGGAAAAGCGUUCAGCCAGAUCUCAACCCUUAUUCAUCACCAGAGAAUCCAUACUGGAGAGAAACCAUAUGAGUGUGAAGAGUGUGGGAAAGCUUUCCGUGGGAGUUCUAAUCUUACUAAACACCAGAAAAUACAUGCCAAAGAAAAGUGUCAUCAGUGAUUUAUGUGGCAAAUAUAUUCCAAAGGGCUUUUGUUACAUCAGAAGAUACCAUCGAAAGAAGAGUAUGGUUAAACUUAAUCCCUUAAUUGACACUUCAUCCUUGAAAUACUGAAGUGAGAAAUCACUGAAAAGUAACUCCAUCAGCAUUGUUUCUAAGGCUCUAAAAUCACAUCUACUUCUGAGAAUAAUGGAGGUUUACAGACAGUCAUCUGGGUGGAGGACACCCUUUUGGAAUCAGCACUGAAUGUGAUGCCAUAUCCCACUCCAAACCAGCACAAACUAUAAAUACUAAGCAGUGAGUGGUAUUCUGAAGACUUUGAAGGAGGAGCUAUUUCUGAAAAUAAAUUUAUUUUGUUGAAGAAUUUAA